AGAGAUUAAAGAUCCAGCGAACCCACAAAGGUUCGCAUUGCACCAAUCAGAGCUUCAAUCCUGGCCAUUCAUCUAUCUCCACUUGGAGGCUCCACUCACGAAGUUCUUCGGAGAAAAUUGCGGCCAAAGAUCCAGGGGUAGGCUAAGUGGUGCAGAUACAUUUUGUAUUUGCGGAUUUUAUCUAUGUUUGGAGGUCUUGUGACGGUUCCUUCUAAUAGUCCUCACUUAAGAAAGUCUGGUAGCAGACCCGUUUUCUCUGAUCUGGGUACAACUGAGUUGGAAAAUGGUGUCGAUGAAAAUUUCUUGCAUUCAGCAGAGACAGAUAGUUUGAAGGGUUCAAGUACACCGAUGGGUACCACUUCGAUGAUGCCAUCUCCUAUUACCUUAUGGAGAUUCAAGGUACUAUUCUUCUUUGUCUGGGGUUUCAUUUGUUGCAAGAUUGGAUGGGAUUCUGUAAUGAGAAUGAGUGUGGAUUUGCGGGAUUUAUUUCUAUACGAGGCAUUUUUAUACUAUAAUCCUCUUCUUCUUGUGACUAUGACUGUUUGGCUUUGGGGAAUUAAUUUAUGGGUUUUCUCUCAGUCCAACGUCAAUUAUGCAAAAGUUUUUGAUCUUGAUCAAAAUCAUUUGACCCACAGAGAAAUAUGGAAGUGUGCCACAUGGAUGACCAUUGUUGUUCCGACUAGCAUGACGGCAUAUCUUUAUCUUUAUUCCCAUGGAGAAGUAUCGCUGGCUGCUUCACAACCAGUUCUCUUGUAUACUGCUAUUGCCUUGCUGUUGAUCUUUCCCUUUGAUAUUUUUUAUUUGUCAUCUCGCUUUUAUUUGUUAAGGACUCUUUGGCGUAUAGUUCUCCCGCUACAGGCCAUCUCAUUUUCUGAUUUUUUCCUGGCUGAUAUUUUAACCUCCAUGUCAAAGGUAUUUUCAGAUUUGGAGAGAUCAGUUUGUCGAAUGGUACACAGACAGGUUGCUACCAUUGCAUGGUUUGAAGCCGAUUCUGUUUGCGGUAGUCACUCUGUUGCAAUUCCCAUAGUUCUUGUUUUGCCUUAUCUUUUUCGUCUCUUCCAAUGCCUUCGACAAUACAAGGAUACCGGGGAGAAGACAACUCUUCUUAAUGCCUUAAAGUAUUCUACUGCAGUACCGGUUAUUUUUCUUUCAGCACUAAAAUAUCACGUCUUCCCUGAGAAGUGGACAAACUUUUAUCGGCCUCUAUGGCUUCUCUCAAGUGUUUUAAACUCUCUAUACUCAUUCUACUGGGAUGUGACUCGAGAUUGGGACUUGAGUGGCUUCACUCGGAUUUUCAAGUUCAGCCGACCCCAUCCUUUGUCAAACAUGCUAUAUGGUCGAAAAUGGGUUUACUUUUGGGUGCUGGGAAGUAAUCUGAUACUGCGUUGCACUUGGACGUAUAAGCUGUCUGCCCAUUUGCGACACAAUUACCUCACCUUGUUCACAAUCACAGCCUUGGAGAUUUUCCGCCGCUUUCAGUGGGUUUUCUUCCGUGUAGAGAACGAGUUAAACAAGAUGAACUCCAAGUCAAAUAUUCAACUCUCGAUGAGCGAAACACCAAAUGAGGAAGACAAGCUACUUGCACCGAAUAACCACAAUGUAUAGACUACUAUUGAGCAAUUAUUUUCUAAGUAGUAACAACGACAUCCGACGUUUCAUUAAAAUUUUUUGACCAAAAGGGGUUCGCCAAGUCCUUUUCGAAAUUGCUUUUUUAUACAAUCAAUUGAGAACAUUCCUUGUUCAUAAAUAGAGUAGGUUGUUCCAAAUCUACAAUAUUCACUACAGUAUAUCAUACUGCUUCAUUUCGUGUUCUAUUUUAUUUUGGAUUCACUCGGCGAAUUAUUUUCCGCAUGGGGGCCUAAAGCCCGCUCCCUCGUGUAAGAAACUUACCAGCAUAAUGCUUGAUUACCCUUUUCUCAAUU